CUGAUUUGAACUCUGCCCGAAUAACAUCACCUGGGUACCAUCCAGCAGGCGAAUCACCUGCCCAGUGAGUGGGUGUUCUCUUUUGUUGUCAACAUCACUCGUUUGAUGAAAGUUCUCUGAGAGGGAGAACCAUUAGUAACUUAUUUUCAUGAACUGGUCUACACGCACUAGCAUCAUCAGCAGAAGAUGGAAGGCUCCAUGGGGGCUAAAACACACUCUUCAGGCAGUGGCAAUAGCACUUUCUCUAGCACUUGCAUUCUCAGUUUUUAUGGUGAGGAAACGCGGAAACAUUCUUGAUCGCUCAAAUCUUUGCCACUUCCCUGCUAUAUUCAACUUCGGCGAUUCUAAUUCCGAUACCGGCGGUAAAUCCGCUGCGUUUCAUCGACGUCCUUAUCCUAAUGGCUACUCUUUCUUCAAUAAGCCAUCUGGGCGUUACUGCGAUGGGCGUGACAUCAUUGAUUUCAUCGCUGAGAAGUUGGAGUUACCAUACUUGGGUGCUUACUUAGAUUCAAUUGGGACAAAUUUUCAGCAUGGAGCAAAUUUUGCUACUGGAGGAUCUACAAUACAACCAAUGGAUACUAGAAUGUUUGAAGGUGGUUUUAGCCCCAUUUCUCUUGACAUACAGCUUUUGCAGUUUGCACAAUUCAAGGAACGAACUCUUGAGCUAUAUAAUGAAGGUAGAAGCUCUUACAUUAUGAGUAGGCUCCCAAGACCUGAGGAUUUCUCUAAGGCACUAUACACAUUAGAUAUAGGACAGAAUGAUCUUCAUGCUGGAAUUAAGUCAAUGACUGAGAAGCAAAUGCUGGAAUCUAUACCCAGUAUAAUUAUUCAUUUUGCUCAUGCAGUGGAGAAUCUAUAUCAACUAGGAGCAAGAAUAUUUUGGAUACACAAUACUGGUCCUAUUGGUUGCCUUCCCUAUUCUGUUAUAUAUUAUCCUCCAAAGCCUGCGAAUAAGGACCAAAAUGGUUGUGUUAAGUCCCACAAUGAAAUUGCCCAAGAAUUUAACAGACAGCUGAAAGAUAAGGUGUCCCAGCUUAGGAAGCAACUCCCAGAUGCAGUACUUACUUAUACUGAUAUCUAUACAGCCAAGUAUUCAUUAAUUUCUGAAGCAAAGAAGCAGGGGUUUCCUGAUCCACUUGGAUAUUGUUGUGGACAUUAUGGGGAUUACAGUGUUCCAUGUGGGGGAAAGACAAUGGUGAAUGGAACAGAAAUUUCUGGGGAUCCAUGCAGCAAACCCGAACUUUAUAUUAGUUGGGAUGCCAUACAUUAUUCUCAGGCUGCAAAUCAGAUUGUAGCUAACAGGAUUCUGGAUGGUUUCCUGUCAGACCCUCCAACUCCCAUUGUUGAAGCAUGUCACAAGCCUGUUCCUUUGCCAAAUUGAGCAUGGAUCAUAACUUUCAUGCGACUGGAAACUAGCUCUACAUAUUCCUUUGUUUUGAUCGGUGUAAUCAUUCUGACAAAUUCUGGGUUCUUCCUUUUCUACUUGAUCAACUUCAGGUUUUUCUUUGGUACA